GUACCAUACCACACGUGCACCAUGUUCAAGUCUUUCACUACACAUACGUUUAACCGAACACUUUGUUCAUCAUCAUCAUUAUCAAGAUCUCUUACAACCAUAUCCACCUUCUCUAAUUUCCCUUCCAAAAACAACACUCAUCACUUUCUUCCUAUUUUUCCAUCAACUCUCAAAAUCCCUUCCAUAUCCUUUCCCACUACCUUCUUUGUAAGAAUGGCUUCCGGUGAACAGAAAUUCCCUCCACAGAAACAAAACACACAACCUGGCAAAGAACAUGCUAUGGAUCCACUGCCUCAAUUCUCUUGCCCUGACUACAAGCCAUCAAACAAACUUCAGGGAAAGGUAGCUGUAAUAACAGGGGGUGAUUCUGGAAUUGGACGAGCAGUGUGCAACUUGUUUAGCUUAGAAGGUGCUACGGUGGCAUUUACGUAUGUUAAGGGUGAUGAAGACAAGGAUGCCAAGGACACGCUAGAAAUGAUCAAGAGUGCAAAGAGUGCUGAUGCUAAGGAUCCAUUGGCUUUAGCAGCUGACUUAGGGUUUGAUGAGAAUUGCAAGAGAGUUGUUGAUGAGGUUGUUAGUGCGUAUGGACGCAUUGAUAUUCUUGUUAACAAUGCAGCUGAGCAAUAUGAGUGUUCAUCAGUUGAGGAGAUUGAUGAGCCAAGGCUUGAGAGGGUGUUUAGAACCAAUAUCUUCUCAUAUUUCUUCAUGACCAGGCAUGCAUUGAAGCACAUGAAGGAAGGGAGCAGCAUUAUCAACACAACAUCAGUGAAUGCAUACAAAGGAAACGCAAAGCUACUGGACUAUACAUCUACCAAGGGUGCAAUUGUGGCAUUUACAAGGGGGCUAUCACUUCAGCUUGUGAGCAAGGGAAUAAGGGUGAAUGGGGUGGCACCUGGACCAAUAUGGACACCAUUGAUACCAGCAUCUUUCAAGGAGGAAGAGACUGCUCAAUUUGGUGGUCAAGUUCCUAUGAAUAGAGCUGGUCAACCUAUUGAGGUUGCUCCCUCUUAUGUCUUUCUUGCCUCCAAUCAAUGUUCCUCUUAUUUUACUGGACAAGUCCUUCACCCCAAUGGUGGAACCGUUGUGAAUGGUUGAAGAUUUAGGAAUAGUACUAUAUGAAUAGACAAAGAAACAAGUGUAGGGUAGUAGUAGAGUGGUGCCAAAUGUUAAAUCUAUUAUGUUAGAGAUGAGUUUGGGAGGAAUAUGAAUUUUUAAUUUUAUGUAGAACUUAUACAAAUAAAUAUGUAUUUUAUUUUGGAGGAAUGUAUGCAAAAGAAUAUGCAGAUCAUUAUGUAUUAAGAUUAAAA